CUGUCUCGCACUUGAAUUUUCUCUCUGAUGUUCGGACGUUGAUUUUGCAUCAAGCUGCGAUUUUAGGAACGCUUUAUUAGCCUUUGUUUGUCGGCCCUGCUUCGACCUCCGGGGCAGCAUAAUGGCCUCUAGGGACGUGCUCGUCGCUCUUCCAAUGAGCUUUGUGCUCAGUGCCAUUUUGCUUGGUUUCUACCUCGUUGUAUUCCUAUUAAUAUUGUUCACUGGGAUGCUUUCGGGUUCAGAGAGCUUUGCCUCACGUUGGUGGUGGCUAUUAAUACUCGUUCGAAUCGCCGGAGCUUCUGCAGGCUUCGGUGCAACUUACAAGAAGCCACUCCCACCCGAUCUUUCCGCGCAGUACGCAAUAACCUGGCUCUACGAUAUCGGCACACUCUUCAUCGUCAUGUCCAUACUCCGAACAAGCUUUAUGAUCAGUGAAAACAAAAAUUUAUGCUUGUUCAGUAUUACACGGCGUAUUUGGGGCUUCCUUCUUUUUGCUCUUUUGAAUGUUGGCUGGAUUCUCCAGUUAAUUCUCGCGGGCUCAGAACAGAGCCCAAGCCUGGAUCAGAUUGGCCACACCUGCCAUGGAAUGGCGAUUACUCUGCUCGCCAUCACACUGGGACUAGCUUCUGUUCUCACUGUAAAGCCUUUCCUGGCAAGAUGGAGUAGUAGAUCGCACUCAACCACUCCAACUGGGUCCAGUCACUGGCUGUCUACAUCACUUUCAUUCUACUUGCCAUUCGCAUCAUUCCCGAUUUGCUCAGGGUGUGGACGCGUCGCAGUCCGACCAACCUCUCCUAUAUUUUGACGGGGAUGGUGCCCGACUUCUUCAUCGUGUGCGGGUGGAUCUGGCUUGGGCGAGGGAUAUGUCGCUGGGACCGGCGAUUCAAAAAGCUAGGCCACAAAGCUCCAGAAAUACUACGAAGAAUGUGGUUCGGAUGGAAGAUACUUGAAUACGAGAAGAGAUAUUUGGAAAGAGAUAC